AUGCCUAGGGCUAGGAAAGGAGCACUGAUACAGUGCGAUCCGUCUAUCAGAGCACUCAUCUUGCAAAUGGACACUGAUAGAAAUAAUAUCAUCUUAGAAGAGUUGGAUGAUACACAUUUGUUAGUUGAUCCGGCGAAAGUGGACUUUAUCAAAGCUGAGCUCAACAGACUGAUGUCACAGAAUAUUUACGAUCCACUGGACGAAGAAGAAGAGGCGUGA